AAUAAAAUCACCGACAAUCAGCAUUUCAAGCUUAGUCUUUUGCAAAACGCUCUACGGAACGUACAAUCUGAAUAAUAAAAAACAAACACAAUUUGUUGAACGUUGAAGCGUGUAAACGUCUUACAUUUGGCGGGCGGAAAACGAACGGACGUGCGGGUCUUGUGAUAAGAGGAAAUAAAUUAAUUCAAAACAACGAAAAUAAAUAAAAGAUCGUUUGGGCAAAGUGUGAUCGCGGAGUCGCGGUUGGUACAUGUGCUCCAGCAAUAAAAAAGUGAAUCAUCUCUGCUCUUAGGGGGAAAAAACCAAACAAACCGAACUGAACUGAAUUCACCAUAAAAAGUAAUUAACCAGCGAAGUAAGCAGAGUCGGCAGCAGAGCCGGCAGCAGAAUAUCCAAGCGUACAAACAAAAACAUUGUUUUUUGCCUUGGCUGGAACCGCUGCAUGAGACGAUCUGUGUUCAACAUCAUGGCAGUGAUCUACAGCUGUUUUAUUGCCUUAGCUUUGGCAACACUGUGCUCAGCCGGUACAAUUGCAAAUCGUCCCACAUUUCCGGUCCAAACAAAUCAAAUCCAACCGGGUAGUAAAUCGCCAGGAAACAGAGUCAUGCAUUCAGCGUUUGCCAAUGCCGGUCGUGCUCCUGGCCUGGAAAUCUGGAGAGUUGAGAACUUUGAACCUGUACCAUAUCCCAAAAAUAACUAUGGCAAAUUUUACACUGGUGACUCCUUCAUUGUCUUAAAUACUGUUCAAAAUAAAAAAGACAAAUCACUCUCAUGGGAUGUUCACUUUUGGUUGGGCUCCGAAACAUCCGUGGAUGAGGCCGGUGCUGCUGCCAUUCUAACCGUACAACUUGAUGACCUACUUAAUGGCGGUCCAGUGCAACAUCGUGAAGUUCAGGAUCAUGAAUCGCAAUUGUUUUUGAGCUACUUUAAAAACGGUGUACGUUAUGAACAGGGCGGUGUUGGCACCGGCUUCAAACAUGUCGAAACCAAUGCCCAAGGUGAGAAGCGUCUCUUCCAAGUAAAGGGUAAACGUAAUGUACGUGUGCGUCAAGUUAAUUUGUCCGUAUCGUCGAUGAACAAGGGCGAUUGCUUCAUAUUGGAUGCUGGUAAUCAGAUUUAUGUGUAUGUGGGUGCCCAGGCCAAGCGUGUGGAAAAAUUGAAGGCUAUUAGUGCCGCAAAUCAGAUAAGAGAUCAAGAUCAUAAUGGCAGAGCUAGAGUGGAAAUUAUUGAUGAACACAGUACUGAUGCCGAUAAGCAGAACUUCUUCGACGUUUUGGGCUCUGGCUCUCCCAAUCAAGUACCCGAAGAAUCGGUUGCCGAAGAAGAUGGCGCUUUUGAGACCACCGAUGCCAACUCGGUUACUUUGUACAAGGUCAGCGAUGCCAGUGGCAAAUUGAAAAUCGACACCAUUGCUCAGAAACCCUUGCGCCAAGAAAUGUUGCAAUCUGCUGAUUGCUUCAUUUUGGAUACCGGUUCGGGUAUUUACGUCUGGGUUGGUCGUGGUGCUUCACCCAAAGAGAAGAGCGAUUCCAUGGCCAAGGCCCAAGAGUUCUUACGCACCAAAAAAUACCCAGCCUGGACUCAGAUUCACCGUGUGGUCGAAGGAGCCGAAUCGGCACCAUUCAAACAAUACUUUGCCACCUGGCGAGAUGUUGGCAUGUCCCAUACUCGUUUGAUUCGUUCCGCCUUGGGAUAUGACACCGAUGAGUCUGGCUUCGAAGUGGAUGAUGUUGAUUCGGUAUUGAAGAACUUGAAGGAACGUGGUGGUCGUGCUAUUGGUUUUAUGCCCGAUAGUGGUGAACAAGAUUUGACAGAAUUGACACAAUACGUCACCAAACCCGAUGACUCUGAAGUCAUUCUCAAUCAUAUCGAGUAUGAAGAAAAAAUGCCACUCUUGGGAUUUGCCGCCUAUGUUAUACCCUACAAGUAUGAGGCUAAGAAUGGCGAAACUGGUACUUUGAUUUACGUUUGGGAGGGCAUGAAGGCCAGUGAAAUGGCCAAACAACGCGCCUUUGAAGAUGCCAUGAACAUGGCAAUGGAGCAGAAUGGUAUUUUGGUACGUUGCGUACAAAAUCAUGAACCCAGACACUUCAUCAAAAUGUUCAAGGGCAAGUUGUUGACCAUGGUCAAUGGUAUGCCCACGGGACCUCAACUGUUCCAUAUUCGUGGUGCCGAUGACACAAGUGUACAUGCCUUUGAAGUUGAUGCCGAUUCUGCAUCAUUGGUCUCCACAGAUGUGUUUGCUCUGGUGCGCAAUAAUGGCAGUAACAAAGUCUACAUUUGGUUGGGUUUGGUUGCCUCUGAGUUUGAAAAGGCCAUGGCUGCUGAACGUUUCGGCCACUAUUGGCCCGAUGCUGAAACUGAAGUUAUUGAAGAAGGCGCCGAACCAGAUGAUUUCUGGGACGACUUAAAUGGUGAGGGUCAGUAUGAUCGUAGCUUGUCGGAGAAGGUUGCUCCCAUAUUGGAACCCCGUCUGUUCCAUUGCCAUUUGGUGCGCAAUCGCAUAAAGGUCGAAGAAGUCAAUCACUUCGAACAGGCUGACUUGGACAUGGAUGAUGUUAUGCUCAUUGAUGCUGGUGAUGAAAUUUAUAUGUGGGUUGGCAGUGGUGCCACAGCCAAAGAAAAUAACCACAUUUUGGAUAUGGCCAAGAAAUAUAUUAAAUCGGAACCCACUGAUCGUACCAUCGACACUGUCAGUGUUAUUCGCAUCGCCCAGGAUCACGAGCCACGUGUCUUCAAGCGUAUGUUCCCCAGCUGGGAAGAUGGUUUCUGGCAGGGUGUACCAUCAUAUGAGGAGGCUCGCAAACAAAUCUUGGAAAACAACGAACGUCUGGAUGAAAAUGAUCUUUAAAAGAGCAAACAAAACUAAAGCCAAAGUCCUGUUUUACACAUUAAUGCCUCGUGUGUGGCCAAAACAAAACAAAAAAAAAAAAAAAAAAAAAAAAAAAUACUAUUUCAUUUAUAUGAACAACAACAAUUUAUUUAAACAUUUACUCAACUCUUGAAUUUAUACUAGUUUUCACUGCAUGCAUACAUUUCUUUUCAAUUUUAUUUAAUAUUUAAGGCAAUUUUUAUUGAUUUUCGUUCAUUAUGACUGUCGUCGUAAUACUCUCAUUAAUAAUUUACCAAAAAAAAAAAAAAAAGAAAAACAAUUUAAGGAAAUAGUGCUC